AUUCAUCAGCUUUCCACAUUUGAAUAACAACGUGUCAUGGCCCCCGGGAUUUUGUAUAAAAAGGCCUUGGAAUCAUGGGGUUAGCAGAGCAAGUUGAACCCUCCACUGGGAACUACCUGAAACAUCACCAUGGGCAAGAUCAUCCUUUUCGAGGAGAAGAAUCUCCAGGGUCGCUCCUAUGAGUGCCUCAACGAUUGCCCCGAGCUGACCUCUGUCCUGAGCCGCUGCCAGUCCUGCCGGGUGGAGAGCGGUUGCUUCAUGGUUUAUGACCGCUCCAACUUCCUGGGCAACCAGCUGUUCCUGAAGAGAGGGGAGUACCUCGACCUGCAGCGCAUGACGACUGUGGGAGUCACCCUGGACUCCAUCAGAUCCUGCAAAAUGAUCCCUUUACACAGAGGCCAGUUCAAGAUUAAGAUCUUUGAGCGUGAGAACUUGAGCGGUCAGUCCAAUGAACUCCAGGAGGACUGCGAGAACAUCAUGGAGCGCUUCCGCAUGAACGACAUCCUGUCCUGCCAAGUGUUGGAGGGUCACUGGCUGCUCUUUGAGCAGCCCAACUUCCGUGGCAGGAUGAUCUAUGUGAAGCCCGGUGAGCACCGCAGCCUCAGGGAGUUGAGCCAGAGCGGAAUUAGGAUCAUCAGCUUGAGGCGUAUCACUGACAUGUGCUAGAACUAUGUACUCAGCUUAAAUAAAUAAAAAUGAUUUCUUCAUAAGUA